UGGUGACGCAGGCUCAGAGAAAGACCUUCGUAGCAGCAUCCACCGCACCAGCACUGCUGUUCUCAUCUAGCUGGACCAAAACAUAUUCAUCGUGUGGAAAGGCUGGAAAACAUCCACAAGGGUUGUUUUCAGGCCCGGCAACAUCUUGCAGAAUGACUAAAGAACAGACUGUCGAGGUGGAGGAGGAGGCCCAGCCUGCCUCUGAGUACCAGAGCCCGGUUCAUGAGCCCCGGAAGAGGCCCAUGGUCCACCCGUCAGCCCAGGCCCCCCUCCCCAAAGACUACGCCUUCACAUUCUUUGACCCAAAUGAUCCUGCUUGUCUGGAGAUCCUGCUGGAUCCUCGCACCACCAUCCCAGAGCUGUUUGCCAUUAUUCGUCAGUGGGUCCCACAGGUCCAGCACAAGAUUGACCUAAUCGGAAACGAGAUCUUGAAGCGUGGUUGCCAUGUCAAUGACCGCGACGGACUGACAGACAUGACCCUGCUCCACUACAGCUGUAAAGCCGGGGCCCACGGAGUAGGUGACCCCGCCGCUGCCCUCAGGCUGUCCAGCCAGUUGAUCUCUCUGGGCGCCGAUGUGAGUCUCCGCAGCCGCUGGACCAACAUGAACGCCCUGCACUAUGCAGCCUACUUCGAUGUGCCAGAGCUCAUCCGCGUGCUCCUCAAGGCCUCCAAACCAAGGGUGCUGAAUUCCACAUGCAGUGACUUCAACCACGGCACCGCCUUGCACAUCGCUGCCUCCAACCUGUGCCUGGGGUCAGUACAGUGUUUGCUGGAGCACGGCGCUAACCCCACCGUCAGGAACGACAAGGGCCAGGGGCCGGCCGAUGUCGUCCCCGACCCCAUGGAUAUGACUCUGGACAAAGCAGAGGCGGCCAUGGUGGCCAAAGAGCUGAAGCAGCUGCUUCUGGACGCCGUGCCGCUCAGCUGCAACCUGCCCCGUGCCACCCUGCUAAAUUACGACAACAUCCCCGGAAACCUCAUGCUCACCUCGAUCGGCCUCAAACUGGGCGAUCGAGUGGUGCUCGAUGACAUGAAGCUCCGCAAAAAACCGAGCUGUGAUGAAAUUGACAUCUCGGCUCCACAUCCCAUGAAGCAGACGGGCACCUUGCGCUUCUGUGGGACGACAGAGUUUGCCAGCGGCCAGUGGGUGGGGGUGGAGCUCGAUGAGCCCGAGGGCAAGAACGACGGGAGUGUGGGAGGGGUGCGCUAUUUCAUCUGCCCCCCCAAACUGGGCAUAUUUGCGCCGGUGUCAAAAAUCGCCAAAGCAGUUGAGCAGGCCCCCUCAUCUGUCACCUCGACGCCCAAGACCCCACGCAUGGACUUCUCCCGUGUUACUGGAAAGAACAAGAAAGAUAAGAAGGAAUUAAAGGAGCGAGAGAAAGCAGCGCUGAGGAAGAAGUCCAUGUCUGUGGCUAGUUUGGACCCAGACGGGGUGAAGGUAGAACUGGGAGACCAGGUGCUGGUGGCCGGUGUGAAGCAGGGAAUAAUACGCUUUUACGGAAAGACAGACUUUGCCCCAGGUUAUUGGUUUGGCGUGGAGCUGGAGCAACCCACGGGAAAACAUGAUGGGUCAGUCUUUGGCGUCCGCUAUUUCAACUGCCUGCCGAAAUACGGUGUCUUCGCACCCCCUUCUCGCGUCCAGAGGAUCGGCGGACCAAAGGACGGUCAAAGUGGUGAUUGCACAUUGGUGAAAAAAGUCCACCAGGUGUCUAUGAACCAGCCAAAGCGUAACUUCAGUGCAGUGAGGUCACCAAAGGACAUCACCUCUGAGAGUUCCAUAUCCAGGUUGUUGUUCUGCUGUUGGUUCCCCUGGAUGCUCCGUGCUGAGAUGCAGUCUUAACAACAUCUUCCACCGCCACACACACCCCCAUCCUCAAAAGAACUCCUGCUCUCAUACUCUCGGUGUCCAUCUUUCAUUUGUGCUUUUCAUUGUGAAUCUACCAGACUGUCGCUGUCAGAAUAACAGUAGUGAGCCCACCCCCACCAAACUCCUCCCUCCAUCUCCCCUCAGUUCCCAUGAUCGCGGUCAGUCCUAUAGCAAAACCUAGUGCCUUGUAUCCUAACUAACAUCCUGCAUUCCGUUUGUAACACUAAUAAUGAGACUAAAUAAUUGUAGAUCUGGGACACAAAUCCUACAAAAGCGUUAAUGAUAGAUAUAAUCAAAUUUUUUCUACAUUUCUCAAUUUUGGUGUUGAUUGCUGGUUCUUACCCAACCUUGUCAGAAGUUGCCAAACCCAAUGACCAAUCAAACCCCAUGACCAGUCAAACCCCAUGAACUGUCAAAACCUCAUGACCAGUUAAACAGCUUCUUAUGCCCUGGGGCUUCUUCUGGGGAACCUUUCAAAUGGCUAAGUACAUGCUGCUGUCUUUUUUUGUUGUUGCUGCUUCUUCAUCCUAAUUUUCCAGUAUUUUAAAUGGGACCAAGGACCUCAUUUAUCCUCCUGCUGGUGUGAACAGAUUUUAGGCGAUCAUGUAGCGCUUAAAGGUGCCCUCUAGUCACAUGAUUACCCCAUUGAAAUGGCCAAGCUCCUCCAAAAGCACACCGUUCUCAAGAAGUGACCUCACUUCGUCUCAUAUAACCACCAAUCACAAUAAAAAUUAGGCUCAGGUUUUCUGCAAGUCGUUUGGGAGGGGGAUGCACUGCUCUCUCUGUUUUAAUAGGCUAGAAUUGAUUGUCAUUCUUAUUUUUCAAAAAUCUUAUCUUUCAAACCAAUGAAUGGUUUGCUGGGAAGGAAUUUUAGAUGGACGAUCAUGUGACUGCAGUGCAUCUUUAAAGGCACGUAUCCAACAUGCCGAUGUGUGAGUCAUAUCAUGUUGUUGCUUUAUCUUCACGUAAACAUGCCUUUUCAUGUAAUAAGAUGGGACAUGAACAUGACAGCUAUGUUCCUCUACUCUCAUGCGUCAAACAGAAAACAGGGUUUAAUAUUAUUCAGGAUUCCUUCAUUCACUGUACCUCCACUAGCAUUCUGAGCAUUUUCCCAAAUGUUGUUUUGCAAUAUGUAUUAUUGAUUUAGCUCGUUGCCGGACUUGUGUACAUUUUAGUAUGCUCUCACAAAAAUGAGGUUCCUCGUCCCUGGUAGCCUUUUAAUAGCCUUGAAAGAUGCCAUUGAGUCACUUGUUUUAGGUAAGGUAAUAACAACUCGUACAUUCAUGUUAAUCCGAAUGUUAAUCGCUGAAGGACAUUUUUAACAGAAGGAUAGAUAACAUACCCCUCAAACAGAAUUACCUGGCAAUCUCAUAGUCAUAUAGACCAGUUUUUCCAUAACUGGGUUCAAAUAAGAGGACCUCCAUAACUUGGUUUACGGUGUUUGUUGCACUUUUAACCAGUCACUCUCAAAUCCAAGUUGUGCUAACCAAAAUAGCUACUAACCCCAAAAUGCAAUGACACAUAAUGUAAAGGGAAGCCACUAAGGUUCAUUGCUUAAGCUGGUGUUGUCUUUGUUGUGUAGCAUGAAGUAGCGUUAACGUAACUUUGUUUGCGAAAUCCCUAAUUUAAGUUUUGUUUUCUGAAAUAGGUAAUGGUUCCACCAUAUAUUUGUCAGAGAAGAGGUACACAAUGACUCUGGAUAGAAACGCUGCCCUCCCCAUCACGAGGGUUCAUUUAAGUUAAAUCUGCAAAAACAGAACUCCUGCUAGCUCUACACUUCCACUGUUUGGCUAUCUUCUCACUUCUCUCUCAAUGUUAGACUUUGGUAAAUUUCGUGAACGUGAGCAUUAGACACAAAAGAAUCUGACCAUUAAAAUGUGUGUGCUUAAUGUAAAAAAUUUAAGAGUUUGUGCAUAAAAACAGCAAUAUUUAACCUGUAUAUCUUAUUACAUGUAUAUGGAGUCUGGUCUACUUAACACUAUGUAAGCACACAUUGAGGGGCAGAAAAAAACCCACCUGAACUCACUCAUGCACUCUGGACAUUGUGAACAUCCUGUGUUAUAACAUAGGCACCAGAUCUCAGAUGAAACAUGUAAUGAUCAGGAAGUGAUCAUGCCAGGAACUAAAUGCAACGAUGUGUGCCUGUUUUGAUAUUGCAAGUGUGCUGUAAUGACUAGGUCCUUACAGCCACUGAAUAGCAAUUAUAGUUAGAGUCAUUAGUAUAUCCAGUUUGAGAGACAUGAAUCCAUUUUGCCUCAAAUUCAUGCAGUGGAAUGCCUAUGAACAUGUGCCAAUUGGAACUUAAAUGCUGUUGUCUUACAUUUAAUUUGUUAGCACACUCUGGACAGCUCUGUUGGAUAAUUACGCGCAUCUUAUACUGUGUCAAGAAUUGGAGUUUCUUUAAUAUUACCAGCAUUCCUGGUAGUAGAUAAGCAGAUUGUCCUGAUCCCCUAACUGAAGGAAUUGAUGAUGAUGAUUAUUGUGGUGAAUACAUCACCAUGAUUUUUUCAUCUUUACCACUUAAGAUAUGUGAUUCGAAAUAACUACAACAUUCAACAUUGUUCGAAUUUGCUACAUGCUUGAGUUGAAUAGUUAGUUGAUUGACUGACAGAUUUAAUGUGCAAGUAAAGGGUUAUUUGAGAUUUAUACGUACCAAGAUGAUGGAAAUGUGUAGUUAUGUCAUCAGUUUAACACUCUGGUAGCAAAAAUGUGAAUUUUACUUGUGUAGGUAUUAUGACCACAAUGUAAUUUAUGACCUUAAUUUGCCAGUAGAUGUCACUUUAUCAUCUAAAACAUCACAAUGACCUUCAUUGAUGAGUCUUCAAUUGUUAAGUUUAUUCAACUACAUUGUAAAAAAAAAUUAAAAAUAUUUAACCUUAUUAGAUGGUGUAAAGUACAGUACUGUCAUAAAAACAUUAGUUAUUCUAAAACUUCUCAACAAGCGUCACAUCUUCAUAUACAUACAUGUCAUUGCUGUUAGUUUAACUAAAUAAUUUGCCUCUUGACAUAUAUUUUUUGAUAAUUUCACAAAGUGUACUUUUAUUUUCCAGUUUUCUAGUGUGUCCGUGCCCUAUACUGGUAACAAAGCAAAUCUGUGUUCAGUAAACUAUAAUGAGCUUUGGAGGACUGUAAUGUUGGAUUUAGUACUGGUGUCAUGAAUAAUAUUCAUUGCAUGCUGUCUAUUUUCCGACGGUUUCUUUUCCCAAUGGUGUAACUCAGCAUGAAAAUGCUUAUAAUUCCAAGUCUGAUUAUGAAUAUAAUAAAGUUUGGUGUUGUUUUCUACA